AAAUUGAGUAUAGCUUGUAUAGCUUGUGCUAUAGACAUGAGUGCCACCUGUUUGAAAUGCAAUCGCGGUAUUAGCGUGUGCAAAAGUGUCACAAAACAAAGCGCAAAACAAGAAGAAAUCAAGAAUAAGUGUGUAAACGCUGCAGACAAUCAUGUAUAUAUUACAAAACUAUACGGUUUCUGAUAGCUUGAAAAAUAUUUGAAAAUAUUGAAAAUAUAGACAAUUAAAUCGAAAAGUUUAGUGUGUGUACAGAGCGUGAUCAGCACAUUUCAGCCAUGCGCCGUGAUGUUAUGGUCUUCUAAAUUCUAAUUGUAACAGCCACAUAUCUUAAGGGCUUAGCUGACUAUUUGGAGAGUAGCGUAACGAUCGGUGAACGGUUAUAAAUAAAUAAAGUGAAUAUAACGGGUAACAAAUCUCGUCUGAGUCAUGUCUAGCAACAACGUUCCAUAAAUUAUGUGUUUCCUUCGUAGCUGAGGGUGUACACGAAGAGUCGAUUCGUAUGAAACGACUUUGCGCAUUUUACGUGGAGAUCUUAAAUCAUCGCUUCGCUCUAUGGGCUUUUCAAAAGUUCCAAGAAGAUUCGACGUUUUCGAGCCAAAUUUUGUUCAGCUAUGAGGCCCAUUUCUGGCUCGAUGGGUAUGUAAACAAGCAAAAUUGAAACAUUUCGGACGAAGACCAAUCUGAAGAGAUUCAAGAGCUGCCAUUUCAUCUAGAAAAAACAACGGUUUGAUGUGAUUUGUGGGCCAGUACAAUCCAUAUUUCUUCAAAAACGAUGCCGGUGAGAAUAUAACCAUCAAUGGCGACCGUUAUCGUUUGUUGAUAACCGACUAUUUCAUGCGUGAAAUUGAAUCAAAGUUCAUGUUUUCGGCCGGUCGAUUGGCCACCAAGAUCGCACCCCUUUGACUAUGGGGAUAUGUAAAGUCUAAAGUAUAUGCGGACAAUCCCGCUUCGAAAUUCUGACCAGUCCAAAUGCUCGAACGAGUCAUCGAAAAUUGGUCUCAAAAACUAGCGCAGAGCUCAAAAGUAGUGAGCAAAGAAAUGACGAAACGAAGACGACUAAGAUAUAAAAAGUAAACUGUACAUAAGUCGCUUUCCCACACUAACACGUUUUACUUUUACCUGUUUCAUAUUGAAAAUCUGUUAACGAAAGUUUUUCAAAUCAUAAAUAAAGUCAAGAUGUUUUCAAAACAAUUUGCAAGAAAUGUCGUAUUACUUUCAAACAACAAUAAUUUACUGCAUAUUUAUAUUUUUGAUGUGCUUGCGUGGAGGAAGGUCACAAUACAAUAUACAUCGAAGAGAUCUGGAGCCAAAGGUGGAGGUCAGCGAUCCAACGAAAGGUCUAACCGAUGCCGAAAUCGAUAUGGCGCUGGACGAUCUCUCCAUAUCGGAUUUGAAUGUGCUAAAUAAACUUAUUGACAGGCCGAAUGCGCCGGAUUACGACUACGUCGAUUACGACAGCCACAAUUAUGCUUUGGGUCCACCGCGCGACCACACCUUCGACGGAAACCCUAUGGAUGACGAUGCGAAUCUAAAUUACUAUGAUGACAUAGAUGAGCCACCGAGAGAUGCGCGCAAUUCUAUGCAUUUCAAAAUACCGCGCAAGAGCCUGAUGCCCUUCAUGGAACAAACGGAGAAUCAACGAACGAAACGCGACAACGGGCACGAAAUAAAGCAGGCCGCCGUGGACGCUGAGUACAUACGACAACUUGAGAACUCCUUUCCACGCGACCAAGAAGAAAAUAAUGAGGAGGGCGAUGACAAGAAGGAGCACAUACGCGUGAAACGCAAUUGACUGUAGAGUCUGAACUAUUCGGCUAUAUCACACAUGCAUUCAUAUAUUACUUUCUAAUUUAUGACCUUUUUUAUGAUUUCAAUAAAAUUAUAUAUUUAUCAAUAAAUGCAACGCUGCAACGUCAAAUGAUA